UUCUUUCGUUUUGCUUCCCAGCUUGUACGUUGCAACUGCUUCCGAAAGUACGACUACGGGAUGCUGCUCAACAUACUGAAUUACCGAACGUGGCGGCCACCCAGGUACGAGCUAUCCCGCGCACGAGUUCCCGUGGCGCUCUACCACAGCGCAGGUGACUGGUACGCCGACCCAUGGGACGUGGGGCGGUUGCAGAGGGAGCUGCCCAGUGUUGCCCGUCUCUACAGAGUGGCCGACCGGCGGUUCACGCACUACGACUUUGUCGUGGGAACGGGCAACCAGGCAGCACUCCUCUACAGCGAGAUGAUACAUUUCAUGGAACAGUAUCGAAACGAUGCCAUGGCAUCUCCCCCGUGAGUGCAGUGACGUGCAGCGGAUAUCCUAUAGGAAUCCACUGCCAGAAUAUGGACAUCCAAGGGUUGCGUCGAAUCCGUCCAGCGGAUGUUGUUUGGCUACACUUUGUGUCCUGCGGACAUUCCUAGCAUCUUCCCGAGGGACAUCAUGGGGGACAUGCUGUGUACAUUUCACGGACUCGUUAGAGCCUUUUGCAAUGUUUGCAUGAAUAUUUUGUUGGCAGCAGAUGCUGUGUGACAGAUGGUACAAGUAGAAUGUCUGCACAGGAAGAUUACACAUCACGUGCACACAUAGGCAUACACGCACACACAAGCCACACUAAAACGUAAUGCCAAGUCCUUACAUUGUAAUGUUUCAGUUUUAUACAAACGAAACCGAACCAAACUGUAACCUUUGUUUAAGCAUAACAAGCUUGGCUAAUUGCAUGCACUUACUUCCACCAAUUAAUGUGCAAAUGUGUUUAACUAGGCUGCUUGCAAACAAGUAGCCGCAUAGCAAAAUGUUGUACGCCCUUGCUCUUGACCAAUGUGAUCGAGACCAAAAAGGACACUCCUCUGAACAUUUUAUCACUGAUCAUUUCUGGCACCCGGCAUCGCAGAUCGCUCUCUUAGUAAGCUGAUACAGCAGAUGUUCUGAUAUUGGAUCUCAAACAGGCAUGCCUCUAACGCUACACAAAUUCAAUUUAGCAUUGCAUGCAAUUCGUCUGACAGCUGCAGAGUGAAGACCGAGUGUGCACUUGGUUGCCGACAGACAAUUAAGCAGUCGCCACCAUUUAACAUUUGAAGUAUGUAGAGUUUGACGAAACUUAACAAGACUUGCGGCAAGAAUCCUGUCAACCAGUACGCUGAUCACCAGCUUCAUGAGAAAGUGCACUCAUUUCAGUACAGGCUUGCACUGUGUCCAAUCCAUACCAUAGACGGUGCCUUACCUCUCCACUGACAUGUGAAUUCGAAACUGUGUAAUGAAUCUCAGUAUCGAAGCAUGCACAUAGGAGCCUGCAUUAUUCUGCACUAGAAUCAAUUAGCUUAUGAGCUGCCAUCUUAUUAGGCAUACAGAGCCACUGCUCUAUCUCCGAUGAUGACCACCUGUGUGUAACUCGGGAGAGAUGUUGCACAAGAGCCAGGUGCGUCGAGUGCUUCACAUGAA